UAGGCCGGCGGUCCCGCCCGCGGAGUGCAGCGUCUCUCGUCUCGAUGGCCCCGCGCUGGCCUCUCUAAGCUGGCGGAGAGGGAGUGCGACUGGGCCGAGGCCAUGGGGUCGCUGGGCAAGGUGCUGCAGGCGGCCGUGGUGCUGGGCUCGGGCGCGGGCCUGGGGCUCUUCCUCUUCGUGCUGGUGCCGCCGGGGGAGCAGCGGACACGCGAUCUGCUCAAGGACACUCCGGAGAGGAACCCGCAGCGAAGGGACGAAGCGACCAAAACCAAGAUGCUGUGGAUGGACACGCUCCGGAAAGCUGUAGAGACCCACGAGAACGUGGCCUGGAGAAAGGACUGGAACCCCAGGGGCGGGAAGGAGGCUUGAGGCCCUCUCCUGGCUCCCAUCUGGACUUAGGAUGCCCCUCACCUCCUCGGCUCCCCAGGGCUCUUGUCUUGCGCCUCCCCUGGGUGACUGAGGGCCGGGACUCUCUCCCACGGAAAGUGGACACCGGUGUGGAAUAAACCCUGGGUUUUGACGUGAAUUUUGGCAGGCGUCUAAAACGGAAUGACCGUUUUCUCCCACUGCACGUCAGUCUCUGGCUUUCCUUCUCUGACCGAGAAAAUGACGUGGAAUUACAUUUCCCCAUCCCCAGAGUAAAGGUUAACACAAAGAUUUCA